CGAUCAAUAAGAGGUGGUGGAGGGGGAACAAAAAUGCAUCGAAAAGAAGUUGGCACGCGCAACCCACACGCGCACUCGAUUAAUUUGUACAACACACACACGCAGUGACACACACAACAGGAACGAUUGUGUUCCGCACAGUGGGAGAGAGGCACCGAGGGGGUUCCUUUCAUUGCACAUUUUGGAAGGAAUCAUGUGGGGGGGUUGUGAGGAGAGUUGAACUCUAAUUUCAAUAGCGAACGUUCGAAAGUGAACAACGACCGAGGGAUGGUGGGUUUCGGGCGAUGAUUUGCGACGCAUGCUGCUCAUUAUUCAUGUUUUGGGGAGGUAAGGGGGUGAACCAAAUGCAAAUUCGGCGAGGCCCUGUGCAGCACAAGCUGAUCCGCCAGUAAUCAAACCAUCAAAGUAGCCUUUGAAAAGCGUUUUCGUUAGUUGGGGAAACGGUUUUUCGAUACAGAACAUGAAAAAGUUGGUGUGCGUGUUGUUGGUUUUAAAAACAUUACAAACCGCUUCGGUGUACGGCGAUAAGCAUGGCUGUCAAGUGCUGCUGGAGGGGCCAAACUGUCCAAUUGAGGAGAACAACAGUAACAGCUCACUCGCGGCAGCUUGUGAUGGAUGGCUGUGGGAGCGACGCUGGAUUGCGGUGGAAAAGAGCUGUUUGCCAAGUGAAUGGCUGCGACACAACUGUACCCAAGAUGUGAAGGUAACGCUGACGAAUCUGGAGCUCGUGUAUGUGCAGCUAAAGGUCGAUAGAUUGAUUUACCAUCCAUCCCCAAACGACACUGUCUUGCUGCUGCUGCUAAGCCGUCCAUUCGGUGGACCGUUCGAGAGUGAGUUGGAAGUCAAUCCCGCUUUGAGCCUGCACCGGAACUGGAUUGAUGAAACGAUUCGCCACGAAGAUGCGAAGGACGUUGCGCGUCGACAGCUGGAACGGGCGGUGGAUACCGGUGGCGGCGGCGACCUUCCAGCAAUUGCUUUUAUGGACUUUUUGAAACUGCUCCUCGUGGUGAGCUCACUGGCCGGAAUAUCGUUCCUAUUCUGCUGCACAUUUAUGCUCGUUUCGAAGUAGCAGCAGCACCGGCAGCCCCGGCAACAGCAACAGAACCCAUCAAGCGUAAUCAAAACUUGUGUUCCAAUCAAA